ACGAUUGGUCGCGGCGGGCCCCGGAAGUGCCCCUGCCCGGAGGCCGCUGAAAGCGGAGCGGCGCUGCCGGUUCGUGCCGCCCCGUCACCCUGCCGGCGCCGCCAUGAGCCUCCGGGCCUCGGUCAGCGAGUGUCUGCGGGACUGGGAGGAGCUGCAGGGCGGCUUCCAGCACGUGCAGGAGUCCCAUAAGCUGUACAAGCAGAAGCUGGAAGAACUAACCAAGCUGCAGGAUGGGAUCUCCAGUUCCAUUGCACGGCAGAAGAAGCAGCUGAAGGAGCUGUCCCUCGCCUUCAAAAACUGCAAGUCCUCCAUAACCGCCGAACAGGAAGAGUCCAUCCGGGAGAUCCAGAGCCUCAUCAAAGAGAGGCAGAGCAUCUUCUUUGAAAUGGAGGCGUAUUUGCCAAAGAAGAAUGGGUUGUACCUGAGUCUGGUGCUUGGGAACGUGAAUGUGACUCUACUCAGCAAGCAGGCUAAGUUUGCUUACAAAGAUGAGUACGAGAAGUUCAAGCUCUACCUCACCAUCAUCCUGCUCAUCAUCUCCUUCUCCUGCAGGUUCCUUCUCAACUCCAGGGUGACGGACGCCGUCUUUAACUUCCUGCUCGUCUGGUACUACUGCACCCUCACCAUCCGCGAGUGCAUCCUAAUCACCAACGGGUCCAGAAUCAAAGGCUGGUGGGUUUUCCAUCACUACGUCUCUACCUUCCUCUCGGGCGUCAUGCUGACUUGGCCGGAUGGGCUCAUGUACCAGAUGUUCCGAAACCAGUUCCUCUCCUUCUCCAUGUAUCAGAGCUUUGUGCAGUUCCUCCAGUAUUACUAUCAGAGCGGGUGCCUGUACCGGCUGAGGGCGCUGGGGGAGAGGCACAACAUGGAUCUCACCGUGGAGGGCUUCCAGUCGUGGAUGUGGAGGGGCCUCACUUUCUUGCUGCCGUUCCUGUUCUUUGGCCAGUUCUGGCAGCUUUACAACGCGGUCACCCUCUUCCGUCUGGCCAGGCAUCCGCAGUGCAAGGAGUGGCAGGUUCUCAUGUGCGGGCUCCCCUUCUUCGUGCUCUUCGUGGGGAACUUCACCACCACCCUGCGGGUCGUCCAGCAGAAAUUCCAGAACCAGAACCGAGACGCUAAGGCCGAGUGAGAAGAGGAGCUGAUGCUGGGACUGGGGUGGGGGGAGCGGGGGACACGGACCUCUCCUCCUCCCCCCCCCCCCAUCUCCUAGCCACGCUCCAGGCUGUGCUGUCCGACACUCCUCACCCCUUGACCUGUGCCGGUUCCUCAGGGGCAGGCCCACGGGGACCUGACUUGGUGCUGAGCUCUGGGGCCUGUCCGGGGAACCUCGGGGGAAUGUAUGUGAUCCAGUAAACCAAGCUGCUGAAGUCCGAUGCACCUGCCUGGGGCGAGGCUCCCUCACAAUCCUGGCCCCGGGAAACGCUGCCUUUGGCUGGAGCCGCUGUGCACCUGCUGCGCUGCAGGAGGACGGGAGCGAUCUCCCCAGAGGGCAUCGUGGCCAGCCAGGCAGUCAUCCCACUCUGCCCCCCAGGGCAUUCCCCUCCCUUUGCUGCAGAAGUGGGGUGACUAGGGCAGCUACUCAGAUGUUAAUGUGACCCCUUCCGGGGGGUCAGGCCAAAGCACUACCAUGAACAGCAGCUAGCGCCAAGCAACCAGAGCACUGAAUUGCCCAUGAGAGCUGGUGGGGCAAAGCCUCUUACCUGGCUUCUGCUCCGAACCCUGCAGUGGGGCCAGCUGGGCUUGAGGAGGAGGGAGCAGCCCCCAGCCCUGGGCUUAUUCCAAGCUCCCCUCCCCAUGGACAGUGCUGCUGAGACAAGAGGCAAACAGCUCAGCAACUCCUGCUUAGGGACCCAGCCCAUUGCAUGGAAACAGGCUCCUUGCUUAUUUGCUGCUGAGUCCCUGCUGGAAGCGCGCCGGCUGGGAGAACCAGCUGCCGGGGCGAGCACGACUCUCCUGGCCCCAGCAUGGGCAUGGAUUCCCAAGGCCUGGCUCUUGUGCAAAUCUCCUACCAAUGGAAAUGCUUUAAAAGUGUUCUGCCCUCUUUACUACAGAGGUCUGCACCCUGGGGCCACUAGGCAUCCUCUGCUCCAGCAGGAUGCUUUCAGGGGACUCUGGAGCAUGGUCCUGGAACUGGGGCAGCCUAAUGUCCCAACCUCCCCCCAGAUCAAUUCAUUGGGCAGCAGAAGCAGAGGGAGGGAAGAGAUGCCAAAAACUGUAAAGGAAGCAGUGUGUGUAGCUGGUGCUAGAAAGUAGCUUGGGGACUUGAGCUCUGACUUCCUAGCCAGCACGUUCCCAUCUCCUCGCUGGAGCAGCUGGGGGACGUCUGAGCAGGUACCGAGCUUUGGUUCCGGGGAAGACGUGUCAUGGAGGGAGUUGUCGUACCUGUAUUAAUGUCUGUACCUCCUUUGACAGGAAGCUCAUCCAUAAUAAAGGGAGGAAGGGGCGAUCCCUUCCCAUGACAGAGCUG